AUGGAAACCUGCAACUCAACAGCAGAAACAGGCUUCCUUAUACUGGGGUUCUCGGAUUUUUCCUUCGACGGUGUUCUUUUAACCUGCUUCAUGGUUAUUUACGUCGUUACUUUGCUGGGAAAUCUCCUCAUUAUUUCCGUCAUUGUUCUAAACCCUCCUCUGCAGCAGCCCAUGAAUUUCUUCCUGUGUAAUUUGUCUCUGGUGGACAUGAGCCUUUCUACUGCGGUCUUACCAAAGCUGCUGGUGAACCGCGUCAUGCAGACCCAACGCAUUUCCUUCCGCGGCUGCCUGAGCCAAAUGUAUUUCUUCACGUGUUUUGGUAACAUGGAGAACUUGGUCUUGGUGGUCAUGUCGUACGAUCGUUACGUGGCCAUCUGCAAACCCCUCCAGUACGUGUUCGUGAUGGACAGAAGGACGUGCGUUUUGCUUGUUGCCGUGUCCUUCCUAUUUGUGAACGCACAUUCGUGGCUCCACACGGCGCUCACCGCGCGUCUCUGCUACUGCGGGGCCCACGAGAUCCGUCACUUCUUCUGCGAGAUGACCGCUCUCCUCCACCUUUCGUGUUCAGACACUUCCCUAAACGAGCUGCUGAUAUUUACCGAGGGCUCUCUGUCCAUCAAGGUUCCCUUCUUGUUAAUAGUCAUCUCCUAUUUCCACAUCCUCGCCUCCGUUCUGAAAAUCCCGUCAGCCCAAGGCAGAUUGAAAACCUUCUCCACUUGCUGCUCCCACCUCAUGUCGGUGUCCUUGUUUUACGGCUCUCUCUUCUUUAUCUACUUUCGACCGUCUUCUUUAUACUCCGUGGGAAAUGACCGUUUUGUCAGCAUUAUGUACACGACCAUAACCCCCAUGUUAAACCCCUUUAUCUAUUGCUUCAGGAACCAGGAGGUAAAGAAAAUACUGAGAAAACACAUCAGAAUGACAUAUUCUGGUAAAAGAAGGAAAUGUAGAUUUUCCUGUAACUAA